AUGGAGGGAAGAAGUUCAAUGGGUGUGAACUCUGUUGGGUUGGGUGUAAAUGAUGCUGAAAAUGGUGCUAGUGGAUUCCUUACGGUUUUUGGAGGAGUAAAUGUGGAAGAACGUUAUGAACCGGACAAUAGAGCUAAUGAGCCGGUUAUGGAAAAUGAAGUGUUUGAAGAUAGGGAGCAUGUGGAUAAUCGAAUAGAUAACGAAGAGGAUAACGUUGUGGAUGGUAGACAUGACUACGUUGAGCUUCCAUGUAGUGGGGAAACAAUUCAAAAAAGUCAGAAAGUAUUGGAAUGGGAAGAUGGGACGGGGAUUGAAAUAGGUCAAGAAUUUGUUUCUAAGGAGGUUGUGCAAGAUGUGGUUAAUAGAGCUGCGAAUAAGUAUUGUUAUGCGACCAAAACUGGUAAGUCGGAUCCUUCUCGGAUCACCUUACGAUGUCGACAAUUUUCAGAAGGUUGUCAAUGGUAUUUACGAGCUGGAAAAGGAAAGAACUCAUAUUGUUUCAAAGUAAAAGUUUACAGGAGGAUGCAUACAUGUGAUCAGUCUGAUCUGAGUACAACCGAUUGUAAAAAACCAGGCACUCCACGGUUAAUAGCAUCUGUUUUGCAUGAGGAUUAUCCAGCUCAGUUGGAUACUCCGACUCCUAAAAACAUCAUGGGUAUUGUUCGUGGAAGACUUGGUAUGCAUUGUUCAUACUCUACGACAUGGAGAGGGAAAAAGCAACACGUUAGUGAUGUGCGUGGGAGUCAUGAGAAGAGCUACACGGAUUUGCACUCUUAUUUGUACAUGUUAGAGCAGGUCAAUCCCGGUACAGUGACAAGUGUGGAAGUUGAUAAAAAUAGGUUCAAGUACUUAUUCAUAUCUUUGGGUGCUUGCAUUGAAGGCUUUAAAGUAAUGAGGAAAGUUAUAAUUAUGGAUGCAACCUUCUUGAAGUCUAUAUACGACGGAAUGUUGGUGUUUGCAACAGCUCAAGAUCCUAAUCAUCACAAUUAUAUCAUUGCUUUUGGGGUCAUUGAUAAGGAGAACGAUGCGAGUUGGUGUUGGUUUUUGAGGAAGCUAAAAACAGUUGUACCUGAUGAACCGGGUUUGGUUUUUAUGAGUGACAGACAUCAAAGCAUCAUCAAGUAUGUCGAGCAUCGCAAUGCAUGA